GUUUCUAAGUAGAACACACGUUUGUUUUCCGGUGCAUGUCGGAUGAAUGAUACCUAUUUUCAAUUUUCUUUUCAUUAGUUUUGCAAUAUAUUCAUAUAAUCGUACAAAGCACUAAAAUUGCGACAAUGUCGGAAAUUCUGAACGUGCCGAGCUCAGCAUCUUCUGAUAGCGAAUGUACCGAACAAAAAGGUGAUACGGAUGAUGCAUUCAUAGGCGAUCUUAUCAAUUCUCGCGAUGGAACAAACAGUAUAGAUAUAAGUCGAUGCUGUCCCGCCUCUCCAACGACGGUUCCCGUUAAAUCGAGUCGCUCGAAUUCAUCCGGUUCACAAAUACGUUCACCAAAAGCAAGACGGCAACGAACAACAUCAGUCAACCAAAACACAAUUAACCAAAAUGAAGCCAUAAUUCGAUCGAACAAUCGCACAAUAUACACUGCUGGGCGGCCUCCUUGGUACAAUUGUGCAGGCCAACAAGUGGAACCUUUCGUCAUUGGAAUUUGCGGUGGAAGUGCUUCUGGGAAGACAACUGUUGCUCGAAAAAUCAUCGAAAGUUUGGAUGUUCCGUGGGUUACAUUGUUGUCAAUGGAUUGCUUUUAUAGAAUAUUGAACGAAAAACAACACCUCCAAGCUACCAGAAAUGAAUACAAUUUUGAUCACCCGGAUGCAUUUGAUAUAGAACUUAUGAAGGAUGUUCUACAGCGUUUAAAAGAAGGGCGAAAGGUUGAAGUUCCUGUUUAUAAUUUCGUAACUCAUUCCAGAGAAGCUCAUACGAAAACGAUGUACGGUGCUAACGUAAUUAUUUUCGAAGGAAUUCUGACUUUCCAUAAUCCAGAAAUACUCGAGAUGUUGGAUAUGAAAAUUUUUGUCGACACUGACUCAGACAUACGUCUUGCGCGACGUUUGAAGCGUGAUAUCCAGCAACGAGGUAGAGAUUUGGAAGGUGUUCUUAAACAAUAUUCUACUAUGGUGAAACCCGCUUACAGUAAUUACAUUGCACCUACAAUGGCCCACGCUGAUAUUAUUGUUCCUCGAGGCUCUAGCAAUGUCGUUGCUAUCCAUUUGAUAGUUCAACAUGUUCACACGCAACUACAACUGAGAGGAUUCAAGUUGCGUGAAACAUUAGCCCACUCUUACAUAGGCCAACCAAUGCCGGAGUCGCUCAAGCUGUUGCCUACAACGCCACAAGCUAAAGGUCUUCACACGUUCAUCCGCAACGCAGGCACACCAAGGGAUGAGUUUAUUUUUUACUCGAAACGUCUGAUACGGCUGGUGUUGGAAUACGCCUUGAGUCUUUUGCCGUUCAAGAAUGUCCAGGUUGAAACGCCGCAAAAUGUGGUUUAUGAAGGAAAACGUAUGGCGUGCCAGAAAAUUUGUGGCGUAUCGAUCCUUCGGGCAGGCGAAACAAUGGAGCAGGCGGUUAGUGAUGUUUGCAAACAUAUUCGAAUUGGUAAAAUUUUGAUUCAAACAAAUCAGCUGACGGGAGAACCUGAGUUAUAUUACCUGCGUCUACCCAAAGACAUCAAGGAUUAUCGUGUAAUCCUAAUGGACGCAACAGUUGCUACUGGUGCAGCCGCCAUAAUGGCUAUCCGAGUACUACUCGAUCAUGACGUUCCUGAAGAAAACAUAAUGUUAGUUUCACUGUUAAUGGCUGAAAUAGGCGUACAUUCUAUUGCGUAUGCCUUCCCGAAGGUUCAGAUAGUGACUUCUGCAUUGGAUCCUGAGAUAAAUGAAAAGUUUUAUGUUAUACCGGGGAUAGGCAACUUUGGGGAUAGAUAUUUCGGUACAGAACCUACCGACACGGAAGUAUUGUAUGAAUGAAGCUUGUGAUCAAUAAAAGUUGCAACAAUAUAUGUAUAUAUUCA